CAGCGCCACCAUCAUCAUCCUCAGCAGCUGAACCGGGGUGGUUUAUGGAAACGGAAAAAGUGUUCUGGCCAUGUUUCGGCCUUGUUCCGUUAACAAUGCGUUUGCCGUUGGCAAUAAACUAAAUGUCCCAGGGGACUAUGAAUUGAUUUCCCCUUCAUGAAUUGAUACCAGCCACAAUCAGGUACCUUCUGUUUCCCUCUCCAAAUCACCUGCUGAAAAGCAACAACGAGUGACACCAUUUCAUGCACCACCCAUGCGCCCCAAAAUACCUGUGUCCAUUCCUAAAGAGUUGAUGUUCCUUGUAAAAGAUACGACAAAAGUGGAGAGAACGGAUUCAACUACAGGAGACAGCAGCACUAUAGACACCUCUCGAGUGUGCAGGACACUUACUUUUGAGAAAUGUGGCAAAAACAAAGAUCUCUCUUCUUCAGCAACCACUACAUUUAGUCUCCAACAGACAGCUGAGGCAUCACAUCGAACCCUCCCACCUUCAGAAUCCUCCUCUUCCCCUCAUACACCCGAGCCACCACACAGUGGUCCUUCUGUUGUUGUUCCCCCACUGACACUCAGAUCAUCCCCUCAUACACCUGAGACACCACACACAGGUCCUUCAGUUUUUGUUGCCCCACCGGCACAGAGACCAGAUCUGGAUAUAAGCACUUGGACCUGUUCUUAUCAUCAGAAAGUGUGGAUGAAGACAGGGCUCCAAUCUCUGGGACUGUGGCCUGGGUCCCACCAUAUGCUCAAGCCAGGAAACGCACUUUCAUUAUGCAGUCUCCCUCCACAGCCAGAACUCACUGACACUGUGUUAGCACUCCCAUCCCGCAAUUUCUUUCAGCUCCAUCCAUUUUUUAUUUGGAAACCAGAAAGUGACAGCAUGGUGAGACUAAGAAAUAAUUAUAUACUCCCAUGUCUUCAUGGUUGUCCAAAGCCAGAUAUAGUCUCAGCUGGUGUGGGUAGGCCUCGAGUGAUUGUUGGCACCAGUGGACAGUAUUACAUCUUUGCUUCACGCCUUCGCUGCAGGAUGUGCAAGAGGAUCUGGUUUGCUGACAGUCCUCAGUGGAUGGGGAAACUGCCAAAGCGGUUCACAAGCAUUCUGCCAGCAUUCCUAACUUACAAGAAGGCCAUUUGCAAGUCUGUGCUUCAUGAGCUGAGGCGUACUGGCAAGUCACCUUCAGACAUGGCAAACCAGGUGAAUGAGCUGAUGCACCUUAAAUAUGAACAAGCUCACCUGGCAUACCUUCAUAGCAUACAGAACAUCUGGGAUGCUGAGGCUGGGGUUUAUAGGCAGAUGACUCUUGGUCACCUUGUGAGGAAGGAUGACAUGCCACAGUCUUUUGGAGCCUAUGAGGAUGCAGAUGGGUGGUGUGAAGUCUCUGUCUCUGCUCACUACCUGACUGACUGCCUCAUUGAUGAGUACCGGCGCCAAGAGCCAGCUAUCACUACACUCCUGCAGGGCACUUUUGGACAGGUCUUGCGGUCUGACCACACCAGGAAGGUGGCACGAAAAGUGACCUUGUCAUCUGGCACCAUGUCAAGUUAUGCAGUUAUGAACGAAAAUUGGAUGAUUGUUUCCUGGGUGAUGUUGCAGUCUGAGAGAGAGAAGUCCCUUGAACCCAUGUACCGGGGGUUAGCAAAGAGGAUGCAGGGGUGGAGAAGGCCAAUUACCACUGGGAAGCUCAGCCCAAGGUAUGUUGGCCCAUUCAAAAUCUUAAAACAGAUAAAUGAGGUUACAUAUCAGCUUGAGCUUCCUGCUAACUACCGCAUCUCUCCAUCAUUUCAUGUCUCGCUCCUCAAACCGGUCCACCCGAAUGCUGACCCCAACGCUGAGUCCCAAGAGCCACCGCCUCCGCUGGACAUUGACGGAUCGCCAGCUUAUAAGGUGAACAUGCUGCUGGACUCGAGGCGUAGAGGGGGUCGGCUUCAAUACCUGGUGGACUGGGAGGGAUACGGACCUGAGGAGAGAUCAUGGAUACCUGCUUCCGAUAUAUUGGACCCCUCACUCAUAGAGGAAUUUCAUCGAGCCAGGCCCGACCGUCCAGCAUCACGACCACGGGGACGCCCACGCAGAGCGCCAGGAGUCGCUCCUAGAGGGGUGGUUCUCUAA